CGGGCUAGUAAGCUACACAGCCCGGGCGUAUACUGCUGACAGUUGUUCACAGUUAUCGAGACGGUCAUGCUUAACCGGAGCUAUGAUGACAUGACCACUCUGCGAUACUCUUACCACUACUACACCACGGAGAGUUUAAAAACAUAAACACGGUGGUGGCUUCCGUGUUCACAUCAGACUUUUCUUCGCACUCAACGUCUGCGUAUGUGAUUCUGAGAGAGGAAUGCCAUUGAAUCAGAAUUGACGACGACCGAGAGAUAUAACAAAACAAAACCACUGCAAUCUAAUCUGUAUCACUAGUCAUCUGAUGGGACUGGCGGAACAAACAGCCUUAUCUCUUGAUACGGGUUUUAACUCCUGCAAGUUUUUGAGUAGUAAUAAGUAAACGGCAGUUACUCUCGAACAAGAACACCUAGUGGUGCAUAAAAGAACAGGCCCCUUGUGCCAAAUCUUUGGUCCAUCCGCGGGGUUAUACAAUAGAGAGAGAGUUUACAACCAUGCUGACGGCACAGUCCAAGCUGUUUUACCAGCUCAAUCGCUAUGUCAACGAGCGGGUGGCCGCACGGAAGGCCAACAUCGCCAAAACUAUCCGUGAAGUUUGUAAGAUUGUCACGGACGUCCUCAAGGAAGUCGAGGUGCAGGAGCCCCGUUUCAUCAGCUCCUUGGUCGAGACGGAGACGGGACGAUUCGAAGGGCUUGAGGUGGUCUCACCCUGCGAGUUUGAAGUCGUACUCUUCCUGAACCAAAUGGGAGUGUUUAACUUUGUCGAUGACGGCACGGUACCCGGGUGUGCCGUGCUGAAGCUCAGCGACGGCCGUAAGAGAUCCAUGUCACUGUGGGUCGAGUUCAUCACGGCGUCAGGGUACCUCUCGGCGAGAAAGAUCCGCUCUCGAUUUCAGACUCUAGUCGCUCAGGCCGUCGAUAAGUGCAAGUACCGCGACAUCGUGAAGAUGAUCCCGGACACCACUGAGGUGAAGCUAAGGAUACGAGAGCGAUUCGUCGUGCUCAUUACCCCCGCGUUCAAGUGCAGUGGGAUCUGGCCACGUAGUGCGGCACAUUGGCCGUUGCCGCACAUCCCGUGGCCGGUACCCGGCUUGAUCGCCGAAGUCAAGACGGAGGGAUUCAACCUGUUGUCUAAAGAGAGUCCCGCUCAAUCGGGUAAACAAUCCUCGGCUGAGGGGGACGCCUGGGUGCUGUCCUUCUCAGAUGCCGAGAACAAACUCCUCCAGGGAGGCUGCAGAAAGAAAUGCCUGAGCAUUUUGAAAACUCUCAGAGACAAACACCUUGAGAGCACGGGGCAGCCCGUGAAAAACUACCAUCUUAAGACAUUGCUCCUUUACGAGUGUGAAAAACACCCACGUGAGAUUGACUGGGAUGAAAUGUGCUUAGGGGACCGCAUCAAUGGUAUUCUGUUGCAGCUCAUCUCGUGUCUACAGAAUCGAAGAUGUCCCCAUUACUUUCUGCACGGACUAGACCUGUUUAGUUCCAAACAACACAGUUCAUUGGACACGGCAGCGAAGCAAGCAUGGAGAAUAGCACGAGAAAUCUUGACCAACCCAAGAAGUCUUGAAAAACUAUGACCAAACCCCAUGAGCUCAAAACGAAACUGUGAAAAAAAAAACCACUACGACCGUCGGACUCUCGAUGAUGUGUACCGGACACUCGUGAAGAGUGGAAUGGGCACGAGCGGCGCUUUAGACGGGGGAGUUGGAUGCGACGACACGGUGAACACUGUCGCGGUGAAACGGAGCUGUUUAACGGACUCUCGUGUUUCUUGACUGACUUUUUCAAAAAGCUACGGUGAAGGGUCGCGGGGAUAUUUGUGGAAAUGUUGAUGUAUAGAAUCUAUGUAUAAAAUGUGGUUCAGUUUUGGAGGCAAAUGGAGUGGAUUUUGGCGAAUUGUGUACAGACACUCAAUCAGAAGUCAUACGAUAAAAAUCACCUGACGCUCUGUGAGUACCUUACUUAAAAAAUCAGAUAUGCUAUUUAUCACUGUCAUAUAAAAACACGAGACUUUAUUUUGAUGGUAACAUGCGUGCUAACAAUUAGACCCACCUCCAAUCCAUGGUAAAAAUGGAUGCUUUGUUUUUGUUUUUAAUUUAUGUACAAAAUAUCUUUAUUAGUUGAGCAGCCUUGGUUAUCUUCGACUUCAGUGUCAUUUGAGAUAAGCUCAAGAAACACUUGAACAUUUUUCAUAUAAAAAUUCUAAAAGUCAAGUGGAACUCAAAUCUCAAAUUGCUACGCGGCUUUUGCCGACAUCAAAAAGUGCAAAGUAGUUUUCCAUCUUUGAUGAGUAAUAAAUUAACUAAUUGCUGUCAUCAAAAUGUACUUAGACUGUUAUUUCACCUCGAACUCAGAUUUGGUAUGCUGGUUGUUAAUCAAUACAAUAAUGAUAGCUGAAUACUGUGUUUAAUUAAUGUCAUUUAGGCCUAUAAGUUACAAACUCUACGCAAAACACAAACUUGCAAUUUUCAAACAGUUGUGUAUUUCAUUCUCAGUUAGGAAUCAAUUUCAUGUCAAAACUAUCAGAAGAGGAAAGCUUAAUUAUAUGAUCGGAGCAAACAAAUUAAACCAACCACUGAGACAAAACGAUUGCAUUUUGGUGCUUAGAUAUUUUCAGCUGAUUCAUCCUUGGUAAUCCAGGGUUUAACAUUCUGAUCCCCAACAAACCACACUAUUUUACCUUCGGCUGAUCAGUCAACAAAAAUGUCUGCCCUUGAACUUAUCAUUACUUCAUUAAAAAUGUAUUCCCAUGCGAUGUUAAAUUAAUGCUUAGAUUAAUGUGACUAGGCUAAAUACAACUGUUUGAGUAGAAUCAUGCGGCAAGCUUAUGGUAGAAGAUACUUAAGGAAUUCCCUAAUGCUGUUAUCAAUGUGCGGAGUUUGCGACUCAAUCAGAUGGAAACUGCAGUAAAACUGUGGUGUAUUGUAUCCAAUGUUAAGCAGUUGACUGGAUCCUGUUAAGCUAAUUACCUUGAUUGAAACUGCAAAUUGACAUUGGAUUUACUUUAAACAAAAACAUGGGAUUGUAAAAACCAUUAGAAUGUUCAAAUUUGAGGUGUAUAUUCGCACUUUUUUCCUGGUGGAAUUUGUACAGCGCUACCCGAACAUGCAUUGUUGCAUGGUAGAAACCGCAGCCGCAAUACCCAAUGUAUACAGCUAGCUAUACGUGACUAGAUUCAGUUUACCUGCGUGUUGCUGAUCAUGUUAAUCAACGGUACUUUGUUUUACAAGGUCUUUAAUUAGCACUGAGAUCCUUAUCAAAAUAACACUAAACAAAGGACCAACUGCAAACCCGGUUUUUCACCAUUCGUAAUUGAAAUGUUAUAAGUGUUAUAUCAAAAGCAGGGUAUCAAUAAAAAAAGCCCUUUCACAAUUUCAAGUUAAACAUCCAAUCAAACAAAUAAUUAAACGCAAUGGAGUGUAUCUAUGUAUUGUAAGCAUCUGAUAACAGUUAAAUCCCAUGAAUACGUUAUUUUUUUAUGAUGAAAAUGUCUGAAAAGCAUUUUCCUCUUCCUCACUUUGUCCAUGAAUAUUGAUUUCUGAAAAAAAAAAAUAUUUGUGGGAGCCGGAUCAGAUAUACCCCAGGGACAAAUUUAUUACAAUACAGUGGUAUUUUGUUUCUGUCAAAAGGCAAAGCGGGAUUACUAGCUGCGAUGAAAAGGAACAAAUUUGUGAACUUAAUUAGAAAGUAUCCAAUUGUUAGUCUUGACUGCAAAACUUCUUUGUAUAUAACAUGUCGUGUUGUUAAAACUCAAUCCCGAUGAUGUGUUUGGUCUUAAAGCUUAGGCGACUGGUCGAAUGGCUCUGUUAGAAUGCGGUAGUGUGAUACCGUAAUUUGUUGAUAUUGGUCAAAUAAAUACACUUGUUUCAUUAUUGUCUUUAAUCAAUUUGCGUAAAUAUUAUGGUUCUCAGUGUUUGACGCCUGCAUGCAAAAGUGAUCAAUUUGAAAUAGAGUGCUAGUCAAACAUUUUAUAACAGCUGAUGAAGGCACCAAAUCUUCCAUGAAAUGUUAGAGUACGAACACAGAAGUAGAGUGGACCGUAACGCCGUGUUCAGUACUUCACCAACGGUACAACCCAGAGAUUCACACCAACACUUUAUAGUUGGCUAAACUUUCAUUGACUUUAAAACGAUUUAGACAGAACCACCCAAACUAGUUUAGCGAUUAUCCUUACAUGGUGUUACCGCAAACCUUACAUGUGCACCAAGUUUCCAAUCCUACUUGAAACAGAUUAACAAACAAAUACAAAAACCUUGAUAACGCAACUAAGACCGAAAGUUUUAAAAUAAAUGUUUCAAAUUACAGCCUUUAACAGACAACACGAUCCAGUCAAUAAGGUUUGUAAUGGCUUCUGACAAUCCACACGCCCAUAUCAAGUAAUUAUAAAAUUGUUGUUGACGUUCUAAAAGGGUCAGACGCAAAUUUGUCUUGGAGUUUGUAACCCUAUAUACCGUGCGCUAUAAUGACUGUCAUUAACAUACUGUGACCGUUUCUGAGGUUGAGUAUUAAACUAAAAAUUGUGAAAGCUAGCUGUUGUUUAAAGUAUAAAGAAGUUGGGUUUGUUUUCAUACAUGAUUCGGUAACUCAUAUUGAUACUGGGUUUAAAAAUUUACAAGUUGAACCGAUUUUUGGUUGUGAAAAGUAUGGUAUUCGCAUCUAACGGAAAGUAAGGCUAAUGUUAAAACCAAACCUACUGGUGGAUACAUUAAAUGCAAUAUAUACAAAUACUAGGUAGAUGUAACACACAUGGUGCUGUGUGCAUCCGAAUUGAGACUGUAUUUUAUGAUUCUUUACGAUGAAGUAGUCUCUGGUAAUAACCACAAUCCAGUCAAAAAUAGUUGAAUCACUUAACAUAUUUUUUUUUAAAUCUCUUAAAUGAUCUUUUACAAGAUGUCUAUCAUGUUCAACUUUCAACAAAAGAAGUCUAGAGACUCGUAUUCUUUAUGUAAUAUUCUGAUGAAAUUGUUAACUUGACAAUGUGGAUAUACAUGUGCGCAUCUAAGAAUGAGGUCAGACCAAACCAACUUUCACCAGUGCUCUAGGUUUUAGAAAUAGUGGUGCUGUGACUUUUCUUUUAUACAAAAUUCGCUUUUUCGUCAAUGCAGCAACCAGCUAAAAAGUCAAUUGUGUCUUUUAGCAACAAGUGUUGUCCCGUAUUUAUGAAGUUUUUAGAUAGUAGGUAUCAACAUUUCCUGUAUACAAACUGCUUUUUGUAAA